AUUUGCGCCAAGGAUACAUUUGUAAACUGAGGAUUUUGACUGAGUAACUUUUACUUUAUACGUCGUCACAGUGAUAUGUAUACCGGAGAGAGAACUAUAUGUGAUGGCAUCAUGAUAUACGAACAAAAAUACAAGUGAUAAGAUACUAUUGGUGGAGUGGUAAGAGAGAAACCAGGAGAUAAAUGAGCGACUCUGACUGGUCUUUGAGCUGAACGUUGAAGUACAAGGAGGAAAGACAUAAUACAUAAUUGCCAUGCAUUAAUUCCCUGUCCGACCAUUAGUGACGUUGAGGAGGCAAGACCAUGACUUCCUUGGAAUACGACGUGGAUUCCAUGGGUGGCCUUAUGCCGCAAAUCCUAGCCCUGACAGCACCGCCAGGAAGUCGUGAUCCAAACAGACAGCAGAAUAGUGGCUCUGCAGGUCCAGGCAGAGAAGGCCUUGCAGCACACCCAUACUUUCGACGGCCAGGUCGUGGUCAUAACCAUGACUCCUGUGAUGCUUGUGGUGAAGGUGGAGAUUUGAUUUGUUGUGAUGUGUGUCCAGCAUCUUUUCAUCUUACCUGCCAUGAUCCCCCCUUAGAAGAGGAGGAAAUCCCAAUAGGACAGUGGGCGUGUCAUCAGUGUAGAGUGUCUGGGCCGGAUGAUGACAGAACAUCAGUGUCAAGUGGCAAGUCAAACAAAAGCUCCAAAGGUGUCAAAAGGAAAGACAAGGAAGAUGAUAAGCCAUCUUCAUCCACUUCAGCCUCAGGGAAGUCCGAGGCAAGCGAGAAGAAUGAGAAGAGGGUGUGCGCAGGAGGAAGGGAGUUUGAGAUUUCCGACUCCCCCCUGUUUACGCUUAUCAAAGCUGCGGCUGCUGUGAACCCCAAACAGUUCACCUUGCCCUAUGAGAUGACUUUACCUGUGUGCUUCCCAGGUGAACCUAAAAAUUCAGGAAAGAAUAAUGGAAACCGAAGAGGAGCACAGAAAAAAAAGUCUCAUGAGCUUGACAAUGGCCUUGUCCCUUUGCCUGCUAAGCUCUGUUUUCAGUGCAACAAGAGCUGUCGAAUAGGUCCACUAGUUCCAUGUGACUAUUGUCCGCUCUUCUUCCAUCUGGACUGUGUAGACCCUCCACUCACAACGCCACCAACAGGAAAAUGGAUGUGUCCAAAUCACCCAGAGCAUUUCAUGGACUCAACACUUUUGACAUCUCAUAGUCUGAGUGAAAGAGUAAAACUCUGGGAUAAGUUUAGUGCCCCGCUUGACCAAGACACUGUUCGACUGGGCUUCCUGCAACGUUGUCACAGACAGAACCCUCCCUUCCGGUACAAAGUAAAGCGUGCCCUCAGGUCUAGAAUACGAGUGCCACAAGCAGUGAGAGACCAGUAUAGGGAACCCCCUGAUCUCCUUCCUCACUAUGGUCCUCCACAACACCUCCUUCCUCCUCUUGUUGACCAUGAUCUAGGCUCUUCCACUACUGCUAUGCCAUCCCUAACCACCACUACAGCUACAUCCACUACCUCUGCCUCCACACUGGCCAUGGAGACCUGGCGGGAUGUAGAGAUAAAGGAAGAACCUGUGGAAGGCUCUGAUAUUAGCCAAGAAUCAAAGGAGGCUGUAGAAGCUGAAAUCAAAGAAGAAGAUAAGCGAAAUGGGGAAGAUGAGAGAAAAAGACCCACAAAAGAAGAGAUGGAUGAGUGGUUGGCAGGAUUAUUAUGUUUACAAGCCAGUAUUGUUAAGCAUAUCGCCAAUAAUUCCACGUGUUCAAAUUCUCCAAGCAAAACGCCUGAAAAACAAAGAGAACUUAAUGGACCUCCCAGUAUAGGAAAUAGUAUGGACAAUUCCCCUCCAUUAGAAAGGCCAGGUUGUAUGAAUGGGGACUUAACCUCUCAUGAUUUAAGCAGCAAGCACAGCAAGUUUACUGAUAACAGAAGAAAGCAGCAAGCUGUUAUAAACAGUAGUUUCCAACCUCCCCCAACUUACUUGCCUGCAAAGAAAGGGAUAUUGAAAAAUCAAAAAGGAAAAACUGUCACGAGUGCAGGUGUAAAAACUCCAAGACAGAGAAAGCAGACUGCAUCUGAAAUUUUAUCAGAAACUUUAACAAACUUGGCAUCAUCUCUACAAAACUCAAUCACCAAUAAGCAAGGUGAGGUAACCUUAAGUCAACUUGAACGUUCAGUAGUGGAAGUGUUGGCCUGGCAGCGUCUGGAAGAACUACUUUGCCCUCCAAAGCCAACCCCUCCCCCGGUGACAACCCCCCCUCUUCCAGCACGGGCAUUGCUUUGUCCACUUGUGCAAGACUCUCAUCUACAGGACUGGGCUGUCAAGUCACCCACACCAUCUUACAGUACCCAGCCUGUAGCAAUGACAUACAGAAUAAUACGCAUUGGCAAAGGGAGCCACAAUCAUGUAGAUUUGUCAACUUAUGGUCACUGCAAUUAUGUGUCACAGGAACAUGCAGCAAUAUUUUAUGAUGAGAACACAGGCCAUUAUGAGCUGCUCAACUAUAGUCCUCAUGGAACCUGUGUGGAUGGAGUACAGUACCGAUAUGACCACAGUGAAAAGACUGUAAAUCAUGCACCACCACCACCCCUUCUGCAACAAGUCCGAGCCAUUGUCAACCAUCGAAGAAGCCUGCAACCAGAGAGGCCCCCCAAAGAAGCCAUGACUGAUACUCCGGGUCAAACUCUGACACGGUGUGACUGCAAGUUGGGGAAAGCAAAGACAGGCACAAGAGGAAUACCCUCCCCAAGCAGUGUUGGGUGGGAAGGUGGAGCCGUGUUGCAUCAUGGUUCACACCUCAGAUUCGGAUGCCUCCAGUUUGUGUUCAGUAUUGUUGAAGAGGCGAGUAAAGCUGACUGGGUUGAAACUACACUUAGUAUAUAUGAUAAGUUUUUUAAACAAGAAGAGGAGGAAGAAGAAGAAGAAGUUAAAGAAGAGGAAGAAGAAGAAGGAGAUGAGGAAAAAAAGACCAAGAAGGAGGAAAAGAACUCAAAAUCGUGAGAUUUUAAGGAAUUGUAUAAUAGGACUGUUAAUUAUGUUUCUUGAAUUUAUAGUUACAGUCAUUUGUUUGUCACCUGGAAUGUUUAUGAAGUAAGUGUGAUGAAUAUACAAUACUAGAAAUAAUAUAAUUUUAUCUAGGAGUAUUUACAAGAAUAGAGGUGAAAUAUUUAUUAGAAAAUUUAAUUCUAUAUAAAGUCCUCUGUGGGCUUCUUAGUGGCCUGAUGUAGAACAUCUUUAAGGUGAGGGUGAGUGGUCUUUCACCAAAGCACAUGUGUUACAGAAGAAUGUAAUAUGUGGGAAAUACACUGAAAUCUGUUCUUGACUGUGUAAAGAAGUCGUAAAACAAGUGGCAUUAAAUUAGCAAGGUUUGAAGCAGAAUCUCCUACUCAUUUGUGUUCAAGAUGGUAAAGAUUGGUUGAAGAAGAUUGUUUCUCUAUUACUUAAAGCUUAGUAUUAACUCACAUCCUCCCAAAUGGAACCCAGCAAUGAGUGGCAGCUAUUUUGUGGCAUGGUCAGUACUGUAGGGUUUUGCCACAUUAUCCAGAUUAUUGUGAUCUGAUUGUGUGUGGGGGGUCUAUGCACAAUUACUGAUUAGUAAUAUAGAUGCAAUGUGUCGUUUUCAACUUGUGACUUUGUUGAUUAAGCUAAAGUUGGUAUUAUGGAGGUGUAAUGCAGGUUCUUACUGAUCAUCAUGGGACUUUUUUUUUUUUAUCUGAUGGUUAGUUUAUCGGGAUUUUGCAAAAACCAUCUUUGUAAUUUUACCCAUGUUCUUAUAAUAUUAUGUUGGUACAUGGUUGUAGCUUAUCUUUUGUGUACCAAAAAGCCACAGUCUUGUUAUCUAAAGCUCUCAACACUGAACAAUCUAUAUGUAUUUUUAGUGCUUAAAAUAUUAUGUAACUGGUAAUGUAUAUAUUAAUGAAACUUUACUUCAUGUCCUAAUACAUUUACAAGGAUUGUACAUACUGUACAAAUUUAAUGAUGUUAUUUUAUACUCCUACAAUACACGUUAUGUCAGUGUCCCACCUCCUUCCCAAGACUGAAGUGUUGCCAGAUCAUCCCCUACAUACCUUGACUUUAACUGUUUAUCAAUUACUGUAAGAAAAUUUACAUAUAUAUUUUUUUACAGUUUUCUUUAGCUUCAGUGACAUAUAAUUGUCUUUUGGGGAAACCAGAAUCAUUUUUUAAAAUUAUAUUGAUUAUUGGAAUUUAACAUUUAUGGAAGAUGUGGAAUUAUUUUGCACAUUAUAUAUUAGCAUAUUAUGAACAUUAUUCCACUUCUGUUGUGUGGUUACAUGGUAUGUUGGUGAAGGUCUUGGUACAGUGUACCUGAUAUUUGCAUGUCAUGGUCUUUAAUAAGAUGAAAACUUCAUACGGUCUAACAUUUGUUUCAUUUUCAAAAAUGGAAAUUAUACUAACAUUGUGUCAUUCACUGCAUGCAUCAAGAUACAGCCUCUGAAAACAGUGGUUACCAGGGGAUGGUUCAGUGUAGCUUAUGGAACACCAGUUGCCAUGUUGAAACUGCCAAGUUAGACUACCUAAAAUAACUAUGCAUUUAUCUCAAGUUCUGAAUGGAUCUGGUAAAAAAAAAAUCCCAUUUGAUACAUGGUAAAUAUACUAAAAAUUUUGUUUGUUUUCUUUAUUCUAUGCAGUAUAUUUCUAUUCUGUACAAAGAGCUUCCUUGGCUUCCUCUUUCCAUAGAACAGUUAUCAUGUGCAUAAGUGUUUCUAAAUAUAGGAACUUACAAAAAAUGAUUUGACAUCCAUUUAGUAAACUCUUAAGUUAGCAGCACAUUCAUUUAAAUUAAAGUAAAAGCCUUUUAAGUGUCAAGUAUCUAAAUUUUGAAGCAAACCUGUUGUUUACUUUUCACACUAUGAAAUCACUAUUUCUAUGUGAGAACAGGAGACAGAGAAACACUACUUUUUCAUUCUCAUCUCAGCCAGUGCAUCAUUAUUUUGUUUUAUCAAACCUUUUCCACAAUUACACAUGCCAAACCUGCACCACAUUGGACUGUUUCUUAUGCAUUUUGAUUUUGUUGUGAAUUGUAUAUGAAUUAGAUAUUUGUACCAAUUCUUUGGAUGGAUUUAUAGGCAAACUUUUUUCUAUUUUUUUCCUGGAUGUUACUGUAACUUUUUUUUACUGUAUUCGCUAUAGCUUUUGUAUAUUUUUGUCUUCUGUGACUAUUUUCUCUCUACUUCAAAGACCACAAAUAUAUAUUUGUAAAGAAUUUGUUUAGAUUUUGUUUUUAUGUAUGGUUAUAAUACAUAGUCUUGUGCAACAUCAUUAAGUGAAAGUUUCAUGUCAUGCAUUGUAAAGUUGACAGAAACUGAAAGUUCAUAGUUAAACAAAUUUAAAGUGUAAUUUAUAGCUGAAAGAAUAUUUAUUUUAGCUUAAUUUUUUACUUAACAGUAUGUAUAUCAUGUCAAAUAUUGAGCAUUAUUUGUAAAUCUUACGGGAAGGAUUGGUGUCCACAUUAAAUUUAACUACAAAAUAAGAACUUCAGAAGAGGUUCAUAUAAAUGUCCAGUAUAGAAAACUUUAGUUGGUGAUUGCUUGAUGUACAUAAGAGUUAUAAUGAAGUAUUCAUCAGCUAAAUGUUAUCACUUUAGCAUUAAUUGUUGCCAAGAUUAUUUUUGUGGCUCACUUGUUACAUUGAAUGUGUAAACCCAUGACAUCUUGCAAGUAUGUAGUGUAUUUCUCCUUAAUACUUAUUCUAAACUCUGGGUAAAGAAAACUGUGAAAAAACAUAUCUCAACAAUAUGUGAGGUUGGCCAACAUUAUUAAAUAUUUUUGUAAAUCCCCACAGCUUUAAUACUAGUGGGUACUGUACCUUAUUAAUAAAUUAGUAUUUUAAUAAGCUGAUUUCAUGCAAAUUUAGUGUGACAUUAAAAACACAUGAAAGUGGUGCAUGACAAAAUUAUUAGAAGUCUCAGCUUUUGGAUGUUUCGUUAGUCAAAGAAAAUUUGUAUUUACACAGAGAUCGUUUGAUUAUGGAAAAAUGUCAAUCUGCUAAUGAAUUGAGGAUUAAUGAAAGAUCUGUAUAAACAAUAUUUACAUUAGGGGUGCAAUGUGACAAGUUGUAUCUAAAUUGUAAGAGGAAAUUAUAAUAUAACUAAAUAAUUAAUGAUCUACAGAUAAAACCUCCAUUCUUGUGAACCUGUAACAAUAAAUGUUUGUAUUGUAUUCAGAAAUUCACAGACAGAGUAACUAUGUUUGUGAAGAUAAAAAGCUACAUCUAUUCUGAUUCUGUGGGAUUUCAAGAAAUUGAAACUCGCAGGAGCCCCACAAAUACUCUAUAGGAUAAUGUUAUCCUCCUAUUUUCUUCCACUUCUUUUUAUUUUCUCUCCUUCCCUUUCACCUUUUUUUAAUGUAUCACACCAUAAGUACAAACCGGAGACCAACUACGUCAUACAAUGAAAACAUGUUUGUAUAUUUUUAUCUAACCAGUAGGUGUUCUGAAGUUUAUAUAAACACAUACUACAUGUAGUUGGUCUUUCCCUAUUAUAUAUUAUCUUUGCUGAUAAAGGAAAGAUGUAAAUGGUGUGUAUAUAAAUGUCUUGUAGAUUAUUUGAAAAUACAAGUAUUCAGUGAACUACAAUAUCUUUUAUCACACAUCAUGUCUUUUUUAUGGAAAAAGAAGCAAAUUGUAGAUCUUGUAAAAUGGCAGUGUAGUCUACCCAAAUAAGUGAAAACAAUAAAAAAUGGAGUACCCAGUUACCUAGAAGUACUACAGCAUGUAUGGAGAAAAUGCAGUGUCAAAGGUAGAUGAACCUUCCAUGCACUUUGUCACCAAUACUAUGAAAAUUUAUAUGGGUGAGAUUUUUAAUGGAAGAAAUCAUCUACCUUAUGAUGAAAUGCUAUUCCUCUUGCACUGACAGCCUCCAUAUGAGCUAUUCAGUGUAUAUAUAUCUUCAUUAUUUCAAUUUCAAAACUUGAAGUUACUAUGCUAAUUAACAUAUUUAUUAGAAAAAAUAAAUGUUCUUAUUCUCUUUUUUUAUUUAACUAAGAUAGGAACAGUGCUUCUUAACCCAAGUUCCUCCCGAUGGUUUGACAAUAACUAAGAAAACUUGGAAGAUCCCAUACACCCAGUACAUACCAUUUUACGUAUCUGAAAACUUUCUUAACAAGAUGCACCUCUGCCAUAUGAAGUACUCUGAUAUUUAGAAGAAGAAAAAAAAUGAAAUGUUAUGAAAUAUUUGUGAGAUAGUCUAAUUUCACCCUAGGGAAAGAUUGGUAUUAUCUCCAGAACCCCAAAACUAUGGCAGUGUUACACUAGCAUUCUUCUCUACCAUUUUGACCCAACUUAGACUAGUAAUUUUUUAUAAGUUAAUGUUGCUAUAGAAUGUAGACAAAUGUUAGGAUUUAGCACAAUACACUAUGUGAUUAUUUAA